GAUAACUUUUAAGAGUGCGACUGCCAGAACAGAGGCCGCAAGAACCUCGAGAAAGACCCGCAUUGGUUUGGAAUUCCAAAACAGAGACCUCGUCAACAAUAACGACCACACCAUUACAUCACUUCACAGAUCGCGAGGCAGUACUCGUCACUCUUAAAGUAUUUCUCCACACAGUCAGCAAUAAAAGUGUCAAAGUCACCCACAACAACUGUCGCUGAAAUCCGCGUUUCUUCAAAGUUUCUUCUUCCACUAUAAUAGUCUGUGGAGAUGUUGUGAGCACUCGAUUCCUGUCGUCUGCCGACAUUACAGUGCCCCGCAAUACUGCAAUUUCGGGACACUAAUUUUUCGGGAAUAGGGCACAGGACACAUAUUCGUGGCCACUAAAUUUUGCGAAAUCUAUACCGCGUCUUUCAGUUACCGUAAAUCCCCGGGCUAAAUAAUUCGCGAACGGGUGCACCAAUCCACGAACUUUCUUUUUUACAAGUAUUUGUCUGGUACCACCUACAAGCUGCACACCGUGCGAAUGAGUGGGAGGCGCUCAUUAUUAAAAUGAAAAUACAAAUAAGUUUCGUAAAAAAGCGUAACUUCUAAAGCAGGGCGCUGUCGGCAUUAAAUUGGGUACCACCCCUUUUGGGACCUUCAGCGGACACCUUUUAGAGAAAAAUCUGCCACCGAGGCGGGUCAUUUGUUGCAGUAAUUAAUUGGUUUCGGUUUACGUAUUUUUGUCGCGGCUGGUCGCGGCGAAGCGCAAUUUUAAGAAAAAUUAGGACAGCAACAGACGUGGCAGCAGAUCGCUAUGACAUAUACGUUUUUCGCAUCUUCCGGUGGAGUAUUAUCUGGUAGAGAAUGUCGCUCGUGUGGACACACGGGAGGAGGAAGAAGAAGACCCAUUCCACUAUCGCACGUUGUAUACUGCUCUUCCAUCCGCCGAACGAUCUACGCUGCUUCCCAUUGAAACGCGAUGGGAACAACAGUUCCGGAUUACCCUGUAAUGCCUCCGAUGGCGAUGCCUCCGAUGGCGACGCCUGGACCAGUUAUGGGAACGGGCGCUGCGUUCGGGACCGCGGGUGUCGCCAAUAUGGUGGAUCCCGCAGCAACCGCAAUGGCUACCACGGUGCCGCCCGUCGGCGCUAGAACCAUUGAUGAGAAUGUCAACCCGGAACAACCUGACGGGGCGUACCAUGACGGGGCAUAUCAUGACGCUGCGUAUCAUGAGGAGGCGUAUCAUGACGAGGCGCAUCCUGAAGUGGCGCAUCCUGACGAGGCGCAUCCUGACGAGGCGCAUCCUGACGAGGCGUAUCCUGAAGCGGCGCAUCCUGACGGUGUGCAGUUUGACACGGCGCAACCUCCAGAAGAUGGCUUACAGGGCGCCGUUGACGGACACAUGCCACCCUCAGAAUUCCACCAGACGGAAGCUGGACAAGCACCGCUGCUACAGGACACAGGGGCUCCGGUUGGUGAAAUGGGAAUGGCAGAUGGCACUACCCAGACUUCUCUGCAUUACUGUGUGCUGGCUGCUAUUCCCCUCUCCAUAGGCUUCGGAAUCAUUGCCUACAUUUUACUCGGGAGAAGCGGCACAAGCACGACAACAACUGCGUCAGAGGACACUGCUGCUACAAACAGUAAGGAUAUGUGUGUGCUUCGCUAUUACUUCGGGUCGUCUUACGUUCCUUCAAUUACAGCAACAAAUACAAGAUUCGGUGAAGGCGAAGACCUGGCGAACGGCUCUGUUGUGCCCAGUAUAGACAUUGUGAUGCCUUUCCUGAAUGACUUGGGAAUCACGGAACUUGGUCCGAAAGUCGCGGAGCAAUUCAUCUACUUGGAUGCCGGCGACGUCGUGAUGGCACUACACGAACCUGAAGAUGUGCUGAACAGUUCUGAAGCGUCGCACCCCACCGUAUGCGGGACCGGUUACAACCAGAGCACUCCAUCCUCUAAAAACGGUGCAGCAAAAGAUAAUAGCAACGUGCAAAACACUAAUACAAAUUCCGAAACUCCAACUACAGGAAGUUCAUUAUGAACACGUUCACGUGUCUGGUUUGCUGGUGGUAGUCUGAACUGUGCCGUACAAAGCAUGGACGAUUUUUUAGAACGUGACGCAUCAAUAUGGAAUAAAACCGAUUGUAAAUUAGCGGUGAAUAACCAUAGUGUAGCCAUCCAAGAUGAACAAUGGUGAAGUGCUUGGCUCACGUCAUGCAGCCACCCUAUAUGGGUGACCAUCAGCACUGUACUGUUACUCUCCGCAUGUUUUCCAUUUUGCUUUUGCCCUAUUGUGCAUAUUAUGCUGGCCUGCUGGCUGUACCUUACGAAGAGACCGCAGCUGUGUCGACAUCUUUCAUCGUUAAUAAAACUCUCCCUGCUUGUAAAAAAUGA